AUGACUGAUAGUAUAUCUGAAUACCUCAUUUCUGAACUCUCCACUAAUGGAGCUGAUGGCACAAAUGACGCACCUGCUAUAAAAGAAGCAGAUAUUGGACUUUCCAUGGGAAUAAAAGGCACUGAAGUGGCAAAGGAGAGCUCAUAUAUUGUUAUCUUUGACGAUAAUUUCUCUUAUGUGGUUACAGUAAUCAAAUGGGGAAGAUGUGUGUACAAAAACAUUCAGAAGUUCAUUCAGUUUCAGCUGAUAGUUAAUGUUGCUGCACUGGUCAUAAACUUUGUAGCUGCAGUUUCUUCAUGUAAAGUGCCUCUUACAGCAGUCCAACUUUUGUUGGUAAACCUGAUAAUGGAUACCCUUGGAGCUUUGGCUUUAGCCACCAAGGAACCUACUGAUGAUCUCAUGAAGAUGCCACCUGUAGGUAGAGUUGAGCCACUGAUAACUAGAGUUAUGUGGAGGAACCUGAUUUCACAGGCAUUGUACCAGGUUAUGAUGUUGCUAGUUUUAGAAUUCAGGGGAAGAUCAAUCUUUGAUGUUACUGAGAAGGUGAAGAACACGAUUAUCUUCAAUUCUUUUGUACUCUACCAAGUGUUCAAUGAGUUCAAUGCAAGGGAGCUGGAGAAGAAGAACAUAUUUAAGGGACUUGGUAAGAAUACGUUGUUCAUUGUAAUUGUGAGCCUAACUGUUGUUCUUCAGCUAGUGAUGGUUGAGUUUCUGAAAAAGUUUGCCAAUACUGAGAGAUUGACUUGGGAGCAAUGGGAUGUUUGUGUUAGCAUUGGAGCUUUGUCUUGGCCAAUUGGUGUGCUGGUGAAGUGUAUCCCAGUUGAACGUAAGAAGUAG